GCCAAUCGGUUAGGUUGCGCACAUGCUGCAGUUUCAGUUUGUUUUAUUCACCAUUUUGAGUAGCUCAAGGUAAAAUUUUAACUAAAAUCGCGUUUGGAAAAGAAAUUCGUUCCCGUAUAUUUCGUUUUACGCAGUAGCUCGGGCGUUGGAACGUUUCGUUGCGCCCAUUGGAGUUGCAGAGCGGGACGAUUUCAUUUUUAUUUUCCUGGAUUUAAUUUCCCCUUUCUUACAUUCUUAACCUCUACAGUAUUUCUUCAAAAUGUCAAGACCAGUGAGGAACAAGAAGGUGGUGAAUUACUCACAAUUCCAGGAAUCUGAUGACGCAGAUGAGGAGUAUGGGAAGAACUCAGACAAGCCUAAGAAGCCUCGUGCGGCUCCUCGCGAGGUGAAGCGCAAGCGGUCAAAGAACUCGCAGGAGGACAGUGAGGAUUCUGAUGAAAAACUCUCCAAAUCCAAAAAUGAUUCAGCAGAUGACUUUGGCAGUGAUGAAGACAACGACUUUGGAGAGGAAGAUGACGAGGAUGGAGGGAGCGACUACGAAGCUAAACGAGGCAAAAAGGGAAAGACAGCCAAGGUGGCAAAGCCCACUAAGAGGACACCCAAGAGAAAACGACCCACAGAUGACAGUGAUGAGGAGGUGAGUCGUAAGGUGCGUACAGUGCGCCAGGCCGCCACCAAGGCUGUGUCUAAACAGAGAGAGAUCUUGCUGGGAGACGGAGGCAGUGAGGACGAGGAACGUGAAGACAAGGAGGAGGCCUUCGCAGACCCUGAUGAGUCGGGCAGUGAUGAAGACUUCAUGGUUGAAGAUGAUGAUGAUAGUGACUAUGGCCGCUCCAAGAGCAAGAGGAGCAGCAAGAAGGUGAUCAAACGGAGCCGGCCAGAAAGGAAGGAAAAGAAAUCCCCCAAACCACGACUAAAGGCCACUGUGACCCCCAGCCCAAUGAAAGGAAAGGGUAAAGGUCGCCCCAGUGCUGCCAAGGCCCUGGAGAAGAGCUCGCCCAAAGAGGAGGAAGAGGAGGAGCCAGAGAGCCCCCUGGAGGAAGAGGAGGAGGAGGAGGUGGUGGUGAAGAAGGACUCCUCCCCCACUCCCAAGAAAACAAAGGAGGCACCCGGGAAGGAGAAGAAGGAAAAGGAAGAUGAGGAGGAGGAGGAGGAGGAAGAGGAGGAUGGAUCGGAAGAGGACGUGCCCUCUGGGGAAGACUAGACCCACAAGUCCCACCUCUCUUUCUCUCUCUCUUCCCCAUUCCCUCUCUUUACCUUCUCAAGUUUUUGUUUCUCUUGGUUUAGAGUUUAUUUUGGUUUCAUUGGUGGCCUGGCUCAAUGGUUUGAACCUCAUGUGGAUUUGUUGUUUAGUGUUUGUUGUUUAGUGUCUGGCUUCCCGUAAUGACUGACUUCCCGUAAUGACUGACUGACUGAGCACAUCGUAUCUGUGUGCAUAAGAACAUGCAUACCAUAUGGCUGUGAGGGAUGGAAGGAAAGAACAAGUGAGAUUUUACUCCAUCUCUCUGAACAUGUCCCAUUCUUCCAUCCCUGUCCCCUCUGCUCAGCUACACCUCUACUGGCACCUCUCUUCUCUUUUUCAUCUCCCUCUCCACAGUGGCUGCAUUAGUCUUUCCUACACAAGUCUGUGUGACGCUCAGAAAACAGUUAUUUGGACUUUGUUAGUUUGCCUUUCUGAGAGCUCCGUGCUAGUGGACAUCUGUCCUCAACAGUCGCUUGAAGUGUAGAGUCAUUCGUUUUUUCUUUCUGCUGAUGUGUGUGCAAGUGAGCCUUCUAUUAAAAUAUAUAUAUAUAUAUUCUAGUCAUUUUCUUUAUCUGCUGAGUUCUCCAUUCCCCUCUCCAUGUAAUCUCUGGUCUGACAUGACUGGAUAGGUGAAAGCUAUGUAGUAUAACCCUUGCUUGACCUAUCCAGUAGUGAAAUAUCAGUGAUUACUGAGCCCUGGGCCUGUCUGGGUUAGGGUUUUCAUCUCUAUCCUGGUUUCUCAGUGGACUGCUGUUGUCCAAUCAAAGCACUUUUUUAUUUUUAUUCACUGUGCCACAAUACCCAUUGGUUUAGUUACAGCCCAACGCUGACUAAUCAGAGAAGGCCACACUGGAGACUCGGAGGGAGGAUAUGUAAGCGUGUUAGAUUGUUCUCCCUUAGGUCCUGUGCCCACUCACCCCAUAGCGCUGUGCCGACACUGACAAAGUGCUUUUUAAACUCAAACACUAUGUUUUAAGGAAGCUUUUACGGUUGUUAUUUUAAAUGUUAACUUGGUUGAAUUAAUGCUGUUGUAUUUCCACCUACUCCGAAGUUAAGCUCUGGCCCUGUGUCUUCACUAUAACACAUACAAAGCUUGUUUUGUUAUUGAAUAUAGAACUGUCCAGUCGUGCUUUGAGAUCAAUUGUUUUGAUUUUAUUAAAGCAAAUAGGCAGAAUAAUUGGCACGGGACAAAUAACAAUCAGCGCACACCCAACACAUUUUUACAUGAUAUUCAAUAUAACAGUACAAGGAACAGAGUUCAAGAUCACUUUGGAGUAGCAGUGUGUUAUUGUGCUUUAGACAGAGAGAUUGCUCUGAGCUGUAAACGGUUAAUUAUGUCGUGAGAGGGGGUCAUGGAAGCAGGUCUUAGAUCAGCCCUAAGAGAGCCUGUUUGUUUGCUGUGUGCUGGUACUACCAGUGUGUGGUUGUGAUGGAGCACACGCUCAGGGGGGUUGGUGUUUCCUCACCCUAGACCCUCUACCAUUGGUUUGUGGUUCUGAGAUUUUGGCUGCAUCUGUGCUGGGCAUGACACAAGCAUAAACCAUACACCCAUGCCAACACACACUACCCUGGCAUGGCCAGAGCAUCCUUUCAAUGUUCAACCCUUUGUGCCAGGCAUCCACAAGCCUUUUUAAUUGAAUCGAGAGUUGUUUUUUUGAGAGCCCCUAAAAUGAAUUUUUUUUUUUGUUUGUUGUUGGUUUGUUUCAAUUCUCUAUUCAGAUUUUUUGUAAUGUUUGUUUUUUAAGAAAAUAAAUAAAAUGUAUCUUGAUUUUAAAAAGAAAAGUCGACCCUAUCCAUCUGUUUUUCUGCUGGGUUUAGGCAAACUGGGGGAGCAGACCCAGCAACACCUUUCUGUUCCACUCUUCUCCUUUUCUCAUUCUAUCGCUCAUCUCACGCGCUCUCCCUCUCCUGCACUCAGCUCAUACUUACUCCUUCCCUCUCUCACACACACACACACACACACACACACACACGGCUCAUUCACCUCAGACAGAAGUCAGGAUGUUGAUAGUCAACAGUGAUGCCGGCAUAUGUUUUUCUCUAUACCUCUCCUCUGCUCUCCUCUACAACCAAUAAAAACUAGCUGCAUUUCCCCUAUUCUGCCCUUCACAGAGCUGAUAGGACUGGAUAAGUGACAGCAAUAGAGCCCCACCGGGUGCCAUAAUACCCAGCGGUCAAACGGAAAUGGUUCUAAUUGUUUCUCCACCAUACAUUUUUAGAAACACUUAAAAUAAGGGCUGUGUUUUGUUUAGGCUUACAGUGGUGAUGUUUUGAUAACCGUGUAAAAUAUCUCUCAGACAAGGUGACUUAUUAUAUUUGGCUCUAUUUACUGUGAUUCGAAAAUGCUAAUUAGCAUCAAAGUAGACAUUAGCAAGACUACAAAUCCCUGCAUGUCAUCUCAAGCUGACAUCUUUGCUAACCGGUAAAUUGUCAAUGUAAAACUUGCACAAGACAGUUCACAGAAUUGUCCAUUUAAAGAAAUGUAGCCAAUUUAUUAGUUAACCCAGAGAUUCUUACCGUUUGCCUCGAUUCAGGGGUCUUAUCCAGAUCAUCAUGGCGUUUGUAGUUCUUUAUGAUAUCCACAUUAGCAGCUAAUUAGCAUUUAAUUUUAGGUGGGUAAAUACAGGCCAAUAUAUUAAGUCACAUUGUCCUAGAGAGAUUCACACAGUUAUCAAAACGUCACGCCAGGGUAAGUCUACACGAAACAGUCCUUAUUUUAUUUGAAGUGUUUCUAACGUCCACUAUGAGAAAUGAAUGGUGGAAAAACGAUUGGAACCAUUUCCUUUUUUGACCGCUAGGUAUUAUGACUCAUACUGUGGAACUCUAUAUGAAGGAAUUGAGGUCAAACCACUGCUUAUGCCUUUCCGGUUGUUUCAGAUCUGCAAAUGGGAGUGUACACGGGCAGAAGUGAAAGAGAAGGCAUGAAAUGAGUGCAAGAGAACAUUUGUUACUCCUCCCUGGGUUGAAAACAUUUUUGAGCCAAACCUAUGGUAUUGUAAAGCAUUCUUGGUCUGUGGGUUCAUUAUUGUUUUCGCUGAGAAUAAAAGCUACUAGUAAUUAAAACAAGUUUGGGAGCUUAAAGAUUGACUCGGUUUCUUAUUGCCUUAUAUUCCCUUGGUACUACUAAACUAGAGGGGCUCUCGGUAUGGCGUAAUACAUGGGGAUUGGAGGGAUGUUAGUGUGAAUACUAAACCUGGAGAUCUGAAAUGAUUCCACCCGGCCUACAGGAGUGCUUAGGGCGUUGGGGCUAGUGGUCGCUUUGGAAUUCCGCAAAUGAGUGCUCUGCCUCGGAUGUUGACCAACUGAAGCCAUAGAUCUAACAUAGUGUUAGAGGAUGACGUGGAGGGGAUGUCAUCAAAGAAAAUAAUGAAAUAGAUGUCCUAGCUGACUGAGAUCAAAGCUGUUAUUAUACCAGGGGACCACUGUAUGUAUAUAUUUUUGGGCCUGUCUGUCAGACCCAAUGAUGUUCUGACCAGUACCAAAUCGCUCAAGACUGCAAAUAUGUGCCCUAGAAGAUGUUUCAGCAGACCCAAACCAAACUUUCCCUGGUACCCUCCUGACGGCAGUGGACAAGCGUUUAUAUGCCUAACUCUAAACUGGCCCCUAUAGGUCCAAGCACUUCUGUAGAUCAAAGAUGGUUAUUAGCAAAUGUUGAUGACAAAAAUCAAACGUUAUUGAUUACCAAAUUGCCUAUUCAAGCCUUGGCUCCACAUGAGCCUUCGGGUUAGGAGUAAUUUGGAUUGGUCAUCUUAGUAUAGGGCUUGUAUCAUGUUCCUGAAUGACACAAUGCUUGUACUGUGGGGUUUCUGUGUCCAGGCAGUAGGGGAUCCCACACAGGGCUAGAAGGUCCAUACUUUUAGGCUUCUUUUCUGCUAGUUCAUCAAAUGAUUCAUGCCACUGGUUGGCCAGUGAACUCUCUUACAUGGUAAGAUGUUUGAAUCAGGGGAAGGAUUGAAACCAGUAGUGCUGUGUACCUCCAGGCCCAGAUUUGAAUCCCCCUGUUUAACAUGAACACAUGACCAUGAUAAACAAUGGAUUUACUAUUUCUUUCCCAUCCUUUCUUCAAUAUCCCUGCAUUUAUAUUGCUUUCAUUUGUUUUUUUCUAUGUAUCUUAAAUUGUACUGGCAAUGUAAAUGUAAGCAAAAUUGUGAUUCUUACAGGUGAUUGCGCCGAGAAGCUUUUGUCAGUGUUGUGGAAUGGGAACGCUGAACUGUUGAAUAUUUUGCAUGUUGUGGAAAAGUGAGUAGCGACGAUGAUGGUAAUGAUGAUGAAGGCAAUAUUGUGGUCUUAAAGUAUUAACGACAACAAUGAUGUUGAUGACAUUUUGGUUUCCCGGCUUCUAAUAAAGGCAACCUACUUUUUAUACGGA